AUGAAGUUAGAAAACCAAAUUCCUCUGUUUAUUCUCAUAGAACUACUCCAGUUGGAAUUUGGAACUCGAACACUUGCAAUUGCACAGUUAGCUGCUCUGUUGAGUACCUACAAAGUGUUUUGUGGAUUUCCACUUUCUUCAUCAUUGCCAGGAAAUGCUGAGCUAACACUGAAGAAAUACAUCGAGAAAGAUCCUUGCCAUUUACUGGAUUUGUAUAGAAUGAUGAUUAAAAAUCUGUUAUCACAUUCGAAUCUGGAAUCAGCUAGUCCUGUUGAACAAUACAGCUGUAAUGGUCCAAUUCAUAAUAUCAAUGGCAAACGUAGACGUUAUGGGCGGUGGAUCAAUUUGAAACUACCUGGUUGGAUGCAAAAACUCAGCUUCAUCGAUAUAUCUUCUCCCGAUGAAAGCUACUCUACCUUAUGUACAAAGUCUCCGGAUGAUAGCAGGUCUACCCUCACUGCGGAAUUAUUGAAUGGCGCUGGUAUCAAAUUCCAACCAGGCAAAAUUGGAUUUGAAAAGAGAAGAUUUGGAAGUAGUUUGCUUUCUCUUCCUCAAAUCCAAGUGUGGGACAACACAGAGACAUUGUUGCGGAACUUAAUGGCAUAUGAAGAGUGUCGAAGGUGCUCAUGGUCUCCAGAAGAGACACUAAUUUCACAUUAUGUACAUCUCUUCAAAGAUUUAAUUGAUUCAGAUAAAGAUGUUUAUCUGCUUCGAAAAUCUCAAGUCAUUUGGAACUUCGUGGGCAGUGAUGAAGACAUAGUACGUAUGUUCAACCAUCUUACAGAUGGAAUCACAUUCCAUUCCAUUCAAGAAAUUGAGGUGGUGAUGAAAGAGGCGAGAGAACAUUAUAACAGUCUAUGGAAUGUGUGGAUGAAGCAAUUUAAGAAAGAACAUUGUUCGAAACCAUGGUAUAUUCUCUCCCGUGUAGCGGCGACACUCGUUUUGGGUAUGACUGCUGUGCAGUGUAUCUAUUCGGUGAAGAAGUAG